ACGGACCCUUGAAGUAGAAAUGGCGGCGCUCGAGCGGUUUCAAUCAGUGCUCGAGGAGUUCCAGAGGCUCCGGUUCUACAAAGCAAGGAAAGUUGAAGAAACUAGACAGCGGGAAUACAUGGGCGCUGUCCGGCUUCAGAGCUGGUUCCGAGGCUUCAGGGUGCGCCUUUACAUCAGGCAUCUGCACGAGAAGGCGGUCAUUAUCCAGAAGAUAUGGCGGGGCUUCAGAGCAAGGGCACGUUACAGACAAAUGGUGAUGGAAGCAUAUUUUAUCAUGAAGACCAAUUUCUACAACGAGAUGGCGAUCAGGAUCCAGAGAAGGUGGCGAGGAUUCUUUGUGCGAAAGUACAUCCAUAGUUUCUAUUCACGCAAGAGCUAUCUGGAAAAAAUUGUCAGGACUAAUGGAUUAGUAAGGAGAGAGAUGGAUGAACUUGAAGAGCUCCAGAAGAGAGAGAGACUCUGUCUACUAAAGGUGAAGGAGCAGAGAGCCAAACUCUACCAAGCUUACAGAUGGCACCACCUACUCAGCACCGAGCAGCGACGAGGGGUCUUCAACUCUCCAUUCAGGACGGCCCCCCAUGAGAUGGAGUUACUACUGAGGCAGGUCAAGUACCAGGCCCCGACCAAGGUUGUCCCUCAGGACUACGCUCAUCUCACACCUGCAGCUCCAACGCUCCCCAGUUUUUAUGGGUCUAUUGAAUCCCCGUGGAAGACAUUGAGAGCCUGCUGUUCCCCUAAGCCCGUACUUCCCCGCAUAGGCAGCACGAAACAGAAGGUCCGGAUCAGAGACCCCGAGCAGAUGUGGGAGCAAAGUGGACUUGUUGCUGAGUCCUCUGUUGGUCUGCAGACCUCGUGCGCACACUUGGAGGAGGCUCAGAAUAGGUUGCGACUCUACAGUAGCACACUAAGAUAUACGCCACCAUUUGAAACACAGCAGCAAUGACAUUCCUUGUCCACGCAAUGCCAAGACCUUCGCAUACCAACAGAAGAUGAUGUGCACCAAUAAUGAAAAAGUUGGACCAUUCUCCGUAAAUGACACUGCAGGACUGGGCCCUCAAUGGCCUCAACAAGGAGUACUGCAUGAUGACAACGUACAGUAGAGCUCUCGUUCUGGACCGAUAUCCAGCCUCUGUCAGGAGCAUCCAGAUGCCAAGCAGCAGGUUCAACACUGUCUCCUACCCACAAGUAAUAGACAGCACUCGUAAGCUAAGCACAAAUCUAUUUGGUUCACCUUCCCAGUUUCUUGAUAUUAUAUUUCACUUAGAUGAAAAAGGAAGAGGAAACUGCAUACUGAAGUCGAAUCUAAUGUCACUUCACACAAAAGUGGUUAGAA